AUGGUUUCAAGAAAUUAUAGGCCAUGUAUGGAAAAGUCUAGUAUUGAUUUAAAUCAUGAAACAUCAUCGACAUUUGUCUCUGAAACCCAACCUGAACAUGGUGUUGAAGGGUUGGAAAAUGUAGUUCUACAUAAUGAAGAUGAAUCAAUGCAUAAAUGUAAAGUCAAAUGGAGCAAGGAAGCCACUAUACUUCUAAUAAGUGGAUGGCUUAAUACAUCUAAGGAUGCCAUUGUGGGGAAUGACCAAACUUCUACACAUUUCUGGGCUCGGAUCGCAGAAUACUACAACACCAACCAAAAAGGCGAACAAGAAAGAACUGGAAGGCAAUGCAAAGAUCAUUGGAAUAAGAUGAAUCAAAAGGUGCCCAUUUCAAUGAGUGUUAUAAACGAGUACAACAAGCACAGCACAGUGGAUGAGCCGAAAUGGAAUACAAUGUACCAACCAAAAGGUGGUAAAAGAAAAAAGGUAUCAGAAUCAGGGGCAUUUACUUCUUCUUCCAAUGCAGACAUCAGUGAUGAUGAAGUACGUGAAGUGCGCCCUACUGGCCCAAAGGCAGCAAGGAGAAAAGGGAAGGAAAAAAAAGACACACAUGCUAAAUUUAUAGAGAUUAGUGAACGGAAAGCAUCUGCAUUGGAGAAAUUGGUGGCGAUAAAGGAGAAAGAGGCAGAAGAUAAUAGGAUGACAAAAUACAUGGAUUAUCUCAUCAUGGACACGUCGCAUAUGACUCCUGAACAAAAGAAAGAUCAUGAAAACUUGUGGCGCACUUCACGUACUUCAUCAUCACUAAUGUCUGCAUUGGAAGAAGAAGUAAAUGCCUCUGAUUCUGACACCUUUGUUCUCUUACCACCUUUUGGUUGGUACAUUGUAUUCCAUUUCGGCUCAUCCUUUAGCAAUCUCCAACAGUCCACAAGCAGAAAAAUUGAGUUGUUAUUUUCAGAUUUGUACAAUUGA